CUCAAUCCAGCCACUGCGGUUCCCAGCCAACGUGAGGUCUGUGUAUGUGGCAGGGGGCUCCGCCAGCCCAGCUCAUCUGACAACGUGUCUGUCCUUGGCAGUGCACCCAGUACACACAGUAUACUGGUGGACAGUGUUGCAUCUCAUAUUGCUUGCCCUCACAUCUCAGUGCCAUGUUUGCAAGGCUGGCCUUGUGUUCCUGCCUGCCACCCAAGACCCGGCAGUCAAAUGUCUGCCCGCGCUUCGUCAGAGCGUAUUCACAGUUCUCUCUUCCCCGUCCCCAUGGGAAGUCCUUUGCACACCGCAGUGAGUUAAAACAGGCCAAACGCAUUGUUGUGAAGCUGGGGAGUGCUGUGGUGACACGGGGAGAUGAGUGUGGUCUGGCUCUGGGACGACUUGCCUCAAUAGUGGAGCAGGUGGCUAUGCUGCAGAACCAAGGCAGGGAGAUGAUGAUCGUCACCAGUGGUGCUGUGGCGUUUGGGAAGCAGAGACUAAGACAUGAGAUACUGUUGUCUCAAAGUGUCAGGCAAGCCUUGCAUUCUGGGCAGAACCAGCUUAAGGACAUGUCAGUUCCAGUCUUGGAGGCACGGGCAUGUGCUGCUGCCGGGCAGAGUGGUCUGAUGGCGUUGUAUGAAGCUAUGUUCACCCAGUACAGCACCUGCACUGCACAGAUUCUGGUGACCAACCUGGAUUUUCAUGAUGAGCAAAAGCGUCGCAACCUGAACAGCACACUCCAUGAACUUCUGCGGAUGAACAUAGUUCCUAUCAUCAACACCAACGAUGCUGUGGUGCCACCCCCUGUUCCCAGCAGUGAUCUGCAGGGGGUAAAUGUCAUAAGCAUCAAGGAUAAUGACAGUUUAGCCGCACGCCUGGCUGUUGAGAUGAAAGUAGACCUCCUAAUUGCCCUGUCUGAUGUUGAAGGAUUGUAUGACAGUCCCCCAGGAACAGAUGAUGCCAAACUCAUUGAUACUUUCUAUCCUGGAGACCAGCAGUCCAUCACAUAUGGCACUAAGUCCAGAGUGGGCAUUGGUGGCAUGGAAGCCAAGGUGAAAGCAGCCCUGUGGGCACUGCAGGGUGGCACCUCUGUUGUCAUUGCGAAUGGCACACAUCCCAAGGUCACCGGCCAUGUCAUCACAGAUAUUGUAGAGGGGAAGAAAGUUGGCACCUUCUUCUCUGAGGUGAAACCUGCAGGUCCCACCGUGGAGCAGCAGGCAGAGAUGGCCCGGCAAGGAGGCAGGGUGCUGGCCAGCCUGCUGCCUGAGGAGAGGGGGGAGAUCAUCUGCCGUCUUGCUGACCUGCUUACGGAGAAGAGGGAGGAGAUUCUCAGUGCCAACAGGAGAGACAUGGAGCUAGCAACCGCAUCAGGUCGCCUCUCUCAGCCAUUGCUCAACCGCCUGAGUCUGUCCACAUCCAAACUGAACAGCCUGGCCAUCGGCCUGCGUCAGAUUGCUGUGUCCUCCAGGGACAGUGUGGGCCAAGUGCUGAGGAGGACAAGGGUAGCCAACAACCUGGAGCUGGAACAGAUCACUGUCCCCAUCGGUGUCCUGCUGGUCAUCUUUGAGUCCCGCCCUGACUGUCUCCCACAGGUGUCAGCUCUGGCUAUUGCCAGUGGAAAUGCUUUGCUACUGAAGGGAGGUAAAGAAGCUGCCAACACCAAUAAAAUUCUACACCAGCUCACCCAGGAAGCCCUCUCCAUGCAUGGGGUGAAGGAUGCCAUUCAGCUGGUAAGCACACGGGAAGAAGUUGAGGAUCUGUGCAGACUAGACAAGCUCAUUGACCUCAUCAUCCCAAGGGGCUCAUCCCAGUUGGUUCGGGACAUCCAGAGGGCAGCUAAGGGUAUUCCUGUGUUGGGCCACAGUGAGGGCGUCUGUCACGUCUACAUAGACAGUGAGGCCAGCAUAGACAAAGCUGUCGACAUUGUCAAAGAUUCCAAAUGUGACUACCCUGCGGCCUGCAAUGCAAUGGAGACCCUCCUUAUUCACAGAGAUUUACUGAGAACUCCAAUUUUUGACCAGAUCAUAGACAUGCUGAGAACAGAAGAGGUGAAAAUCCAUGCUGGCCCCAGGUUUGCGUCGUAUUUGACCUUCAGUCCAAAUGAAGUCAAGUCUCUCAGGACGGAGUAUGGGGACCUGGAGUGCUGCAUCGAGGUGGUGGACAGCAUGCAGGAUGCCGUGGACCACAUUCACAAAUAUGGCAGCUCGCACACUGAUGUCAUCGUUACAGAAAAUGAGGAGACAGCUGAACAGUUCCUGCAGCAGCUGGACAGCGCCUGUGUGUUUUGGAACGCCAGCUCUCGCUUUGCCGACGGCUACCGCUUUGGCUUAGGAGCUGAGGUUGGUAUCAGCACAGCACGGAUCCACGCUAGAGGCCCGGUGGGUUUGGAGGGGCUCCUGACUACCAAGUGGGUACUGCGAGGGGAGGGGCACACCGUGGCUGACUUCUCUGAGCAAGGCAGUAUGAAAUACCUCCAUGAAAACCUCCCUGUCCCCCAGAGGAACCUCAGCUAGGUCCUCAACCAGAGUCGUCAUGCAAAUUGUCAACCGUGAGAUAAUCCAAAGGUUUGUUUCUGUCAGUUGCGCUUCAGGUUUGAUCUGCAGCUCUGUCACCAGUGUGCAUCUACUUGAUGUUGCUGCAGGAAACUCGCAUUCAGAACAGCCACUGCAUUUACUGGAAAACUAAGUUUCUGCUUUACUGGACCUGUGCACACGUGUGAAACUACAACUGUUCAAAAUUUCAUAUCCCUUGGAUAUUUUUCAGAUGUCUAUCAGUGUCUUGGACAGUGAUGAUAUGAGGUGUUAUCUAAUGGAAUAUAUUAUGGAAAAGGAAAAACUGUCCUUACAUCAUUAUGCCAUUAUAGCAUGGUGUAUUUGCAAGAGUCAGUAAUCUACUUUGAUGUGAUAAGUUGAACCACAAAGUACACACGGUUAAUUAUAGUCUCCUCCCUCCAUCAUGUGAUUUUUAUAUUGACAGAAAAAUAAAUCACUGGCCAGGCUGCGAUUUUAUAUUUUGUUAUUUUUCUACUUACAAAGUCCCCUUUGGUCUUUUUGUAAUGUAAAUCUUUGUGCAGACUGUUGCUUCAGGUUUAUUUAGCUGUCCUCCCUUUUUGCACAGAUGAUUCAAAUAUGCUUGUACAGUUCCUCACUCAUGGUUUCUCUAUUGUAUUGUCACGUAAUUGUCUGAAUAAACUGAAUCAUUUAUUC